GAUUAUUACCAUAUUAUCCUCAGAUCACCACCAGUUUCAUUUGAUUUCACAUCGCAUAUAGGCACAAAUACAGAUACGUUAAAAACAUACGAAUAUGCCAGGGAUAGUUGACGGUGAAAGCCUCUACGCUAUCGUCACCUCGACGUCUCCCCAUCAAACCAAACUCGACCGCCUUGCGGACUUUAAAACACACGUGAAACGCGACUUUGUGGACCUCCGUCAGGUACCACGCUACUUCGAAGCGCUUUCUGUGGCCACAGACGCCAGUGACCCGCAAAUCGCGUCAGUAGCAUUCCUGGCGAUGUGCCACUUGGUCAAGCGAGUCAGCAUGCAAGACCGCACCGGUGUCUUGGCGCCUUGUGCGUACUUAGUACUCCCACUUCUUUUGGCAAAGCUUGUGGAUCUGCGGAAUUCGCUCCGCGUCUCCGCAAAGAAGGCGCUAGAGGCGUACUGGUUGGUGUGCCCCAGCGAGGUUGCUCAGGCGAUGCGUGACUCUGGCCUUGCCCACACGAACACACGGGUGAGAAUCGAGUGCUUGGCAUGGCUCCAGCAGUUGGUGGAACAGCCGCGACAGAAUACUGCGGUGUUCCGGCCGUUUGUGAGCGCGGUUGUGGUGUUGCUCGGGGAAGAGGCGGUCAGAGAGGCUGCGGUGCGGGUUUUGGCGAGCUAUGUGAAAUAUGGACGGGAUAAGUUGGCAAAAUUAGAGUUGCAGCGAGAAAUGCAGAGGCUGGGGGUUGAGAGGGGGGUUGUGGCAAGGAUUAUGGGUCCAGGUGCCAGUCAUCACUCGGACACCGGUCUGCAUGCCAAUCCUAUUACCAUAAACACUGGAAAUGCUAUGGCCCACACCCUAGGAUCGGGAAAUGCCAUAGGACAUACUCCAGGGCAUGGCAGUUUCGCCCCCAAGGAUACUCGAGUGGAUACCAAAACUGACCCCAAAUUGGAGAUAGACCCGCCUUCCCGUGCUUCGCACCGUCUCCGAUCUGCGUCUCCCGCGCAUGACGCGAGGCUCAUGAUUCCCAAGCGGACAUCCCAUCCGGACCUCAGAGCCAGAAAUGAAAGAGAUGAUAGAAGGGUCUCCCAGAGCUCUAAACAUGAAGGUUCAAAGAGGGAGUCAUCUUUAGACAUUCCCUCAGCUUCGCCUUCGGUCCCGCUUUCGAUUACCGCUUCACCUACCGCUUCGGUAGCUUCAAUAUUGGCAAAACUCCCCGGCUACCCUCUCGACACGGUCACUCCAAUUUUCAUCCUGGAGAGCCACCUCCAUCAAGAGCUUGAAGCCAUGACAUGCUUCCAAGACAAAGAAACAGAGUUCAACUGGAGCAGCAGAGAAAAAGCUGUCCUCAGACUCCGUGGGAUGCUCCGCGGAAACAUCGCCGACCACAGCGAAACCUUCAUCCUCCUCCUCAAGUCCCACCUCGUGGAGGGCAUUGGUAAGGCGGUGAUGUCGCUCCGCACAACGCUCUCUACCAACGGGUGCCAGCUCGUAAAGGAGCUCGGCCACUUCUGCGGUGCUGAGCUCGACUCCUCACUCGUGGAACACCUCAUGCUGCCGUUAUUCCGGCUUUCCUCCGCUACAAAAAAGAUCGCCUCCAUGAACGCCCAUCUCGCGAUGUGCGGACUCUUGGCCAACUGCGCAUUCCACUCGCGCGUACUCGCAAUGAUGAGCAACGUGGCGGCGGAGAAGAACACCCAGCCACGCUUGUUCCUUGCCACAUGGUUGCAAAUUUUGCUUGUGCGGUUUGGCGCCACGGCGGUUUUUGAUCACAACGCUGGCUGGGAGGCCAUCGAGGGGUGCAUGGUGAAGUGUCUCUCCGACCCGAACCCGGCCGUGCGCGAGCAGAUGCGUACUACCUUCUGGGUGUUCUACCAGAAGGCACCCGUGCGGGGGGAGGCAUUGCUCGCGUCGCUGCGUAUCGAUGUCAAUGUGAAGAAAGCGCUUGACAGAUCAAAACCAAAGAGCUUGGGCGAGCCUCUGGCGCCAAAGGCUCGUCCAUCGGUGAAAGAGUUUGUCGCCAGAAACAAGGAGGAGUUGGGGCGGAAAUCCAUGGGGUCGCUUCGCCAGCUGCCGUUUCCAGCUGCGAGGCUCGAGCAUAAAAAUGUCCGGUCAGUUUCACAAAACUCUCAGAGAGAGGCCCCCCAAAGACUCAGAAAGGCCUCCAUUGGCGACUUCAGACGCGAACGGCCUGAGAAGGAGAGGGCUAAGGAUGAGAAAGAGAGGACUAAGGAUGAAAAAGAGAGGGUUAAGGACGAAAAGGAGAGGGCUAAGGAUGAAGCGGAAAGAACCAGGAAUGAAAGUCCAGUGGGAAGGAUCAGGAAGAUGGAAGAGAAAGAAAAAUCCGCUGGGAGCUCUGAAUAUGACCCUCACAACGACCCUAUCGUACAGUUCCUCUCAUCCAGCAGCCAGGAGCUCAAGGCCGAAGGGGUCAAUCUCUUGAAGUAUGCGGUCAUGGGGGAUGAAGUUCUCUCGGCAAAAGUCAAUCAGUUGCUUAUGGAAAUCUCGCUCUUGGACCCGUUUCUUCUCCAGCCGUUGUUCGGUCUGCGCGACCUCUUACCCCGGGUGUUUCCCUUCUUCACCAUUGACAACUUUAUGCGGGUGUUGGCCUUGAACUACACCCCUGAGAUGGUCAACGUCCAGUUUAUCGCCACGCUUGCACAACUCAUGUCCAUUGAUGAUUUCUACCUCUCCAUCUACAACCUCAUGUCGUACACGAUUGACAUUAAGGCUAUCUCCAACAAGCGGAUCACGAUGCAGGUAAUAAAGUACAAGCUGAAGUUUGUGCGGUUCUACUUGUUUGUGUUGACCCAGAGUAUGGCCCAGCUCCCGCUCAACGACGAAUUCUACCUCUCCAUAGUCGAGGUGUUGUUUCGGUCGUUAAGCUUGCUCAAGUCGCUCUCAGACCUCUAUGAGCCCUACACCCACUUGCUUCGGCUCUGCUUCUCCAUGAACCCACAGUUGUUUCAGAUGAAGUUGCUGCAGAUGGUGCAGUACAUCCGCGAGGAGAUCCACGCAAUGGUGAGCGAGGAAAGGGACGAGGGGGGUGUUCCACGCGUGUCGUCAGAGAACGAAGAUGAGAUGAUUGACGGGGUGAUGGCGUCUUCGUUGUACGAGAUGACGAUGGUGAACCCGCGCCAGAAGAUGGAGGGUGUUCCUGGGUUUCAGAGUGACAUGACGAUGAUUGUACCGAAGUUCCAUAAGUCACUGGACAAGCCUCCGGAGGUAAUUCUGAGCGCUUCUGCUGGACAUCUGGCGGGGCCAAGGUCUCAAGCAGCCCCUGCUUCCAUUCAUGCCUUGACGGACACCUCGCACAACCAGGUUCCACAGUCGAUCAGAGAGGAGCUUACGGGGCUCGUCGACGUAGCAAUGAGUAAACGGGCCGAAACCGAUGUGGCGACGAAGAACGAUGCUAAACUUUCGGAAAGAGGUCUCGUCAAAGAAUCAACUCUCGACAUUGUGGAACAAAUGAACCGAAAGUUGGUUGGCCCGGAGUCCGACGUCGAGAUGAACGAAACGCUUGAAGCUUCAGAUAUCGAAAUGGACUGCGAAGCGAGUGCUGGACCCGUUACAACGGACCAGCCAAGUGCCAUCCCUCAACUCAACGACGACCCCUUGUCACAGGUUCAAACCGACAACGAGAUGGACGAUGACCUGAACCAUUCUGAACAUGAAGAUGCUCCAGAUGAUUCACACUCGAAUAUUGAAUUAAUCCCUCUUAUCGCUCCCUCCGGCUCCGAUGCGAUUCCUAUCGUCACUCUCCCCAACCUGAAUGUCGUCGCCGUCCCUCCAGAGCUAUCCUCGCACGAUCCUGCCAGUCCUUCGCAUAAGAUUCGAUACAGUGACGCCAGUAGGCUUUCCAGCACGCUUUCGCAGGUCCAGAUCAGCUGCUCACCGCCAAACACCGCCAAGAUCCAGCGGAUGAUUGAGAUGUCGGACCCGUUCGUCAUUGCCACCAGGAAAAAGCCCGUAGAGAUCUACCACGAUAGGAAGUCUCUUUCUGCCCUGCCAGAUCCUGUCAGUGCUCUUGCUGACUCGUGGUUUGAUUUUGGGGUGGAAAAGUUGGCGGUUCACCGGAGCAUUCGCAGCAGUGAGUACGCAGCGAUUGGCGGCUUUGAGCGGAUCUGUCGCCACUUGGGCCGCGGUGCCUUGACAGAUGGCGAAUUAGUCCAGUUGUUGACGUACAUGCAAGCAGCUAACCCCAAGAACCCUGGUGAGGGGUUUCAUGCGUACUACGCCUCCAAGGGUGUUGCCAUGGUGAGAUCUUCGGUACAGGGGUACUUCCGAGAGAUUCAGGCGAUUUCUGAAGCGGAUAACCAGAAAUUGAACGCCCAGCUCCGGGGGUUGAUCUUGCUCAAACAGUUGCUCUUGAACCGGGAUGUGACUGAUAUCUCCAAUUUCUGGGAUAUUCUUGUCGCAUUGACCCAGAUUAUCGAUGCGGACGAAGUCGAUAUGACGUUUGCCAUUGAGGAAACGCGAGAUGAGAUGAUCAACUUGAGCUUCCUCAAGUGUUUUGAGCUUUCGAUACGGCAGGUUAAGCUCCAGAUGAUGGUGCCUCUGCACGUGUAUCCGCUUGUAUUCCUGCUCGCCACGAUGGGCAAAUGUGCGGCGCAUUUCGAAACCCUUUCGGACGACUUGAUUGUGAGCAUCGACGAGAUGAUCGAGCCGCUUUUGUCGCAUCACGAGGCAGACGUCAGACGCUUCGCAAUCAUGGUCUACGCCCAGUUUCAUCGGUUGGCGAAGGAGGAAAAGGGUGGAAGCGUGACGGCGAUUAUGAGCCGGAUGAGCAGUGCCCAGAGGAAGUUGGUUAAGUAUUACAGUGAACGGUAAGGCUAGGCGUGCACUGCAAGCUCUGUCGGCCUCUACACUCGCUAUGCUCGCUUAAGCUGUGUAUAAGUUAUAAUAAUAUGGAUUCCGGUACAUUGAAAU